ACUUUGCUUUGUUUUAUAUAAUUCUCCCCACAUUCUUGGUAUUCUUCUGCCAUUUUUGAAGCCCAAUAUUCCAUUCCAUUUAUUUAUUUAAAAAUAUAACUAAUACACACACACACAAAUUAUUCACCCAGUAUCAGACACCCAACUUUAAAAUCCACCUCAAAUGCUACCUCUUCCAGGAAGUCUUUCAGGAGCCUCCUGGUCAGUGAUGACCUCUUUAUCUUUAGAACUCGCUCAGCAAAAUACGCCAUGAUACCAAUUUCCCUUCCCUGUCAGAAUAUUGUGUAUUAGGGCCAUCUUUCUUUUUCUUUUUUUCUUUUAGUUCCCCCUCCCUUUAAAAUGUUCAAAAGCGAGAACUUUUGUGCUAUCUAAACUCGGUGUCUCCCAUGGCUUAGUCUAGGAUCCUGUACACUUAAUUGAUGUCUUUUGAACGGAAUUGAAUAGGAAACUUAAGGUCUCCGGCAGUUUAGCAGCCAGCUGCUCACUAAAUAUUUGUUGAUUGAUUGAUGGAUUGCCUGAUUAGUUGUCAGCCAGCUGAGAGUAAGAUAGAUGCUGGAUUAAUUGGAUCUGGGGCUUUUUAACCCUUCUUUUUUCUUUUCUUUUUUUGGUGUUAGUCCGGCAAAGUCUUUGGACCCUUCUCAGAAAAUGCGUAAAAUGAAAUACAAAGGAUUAUAAGAGAAACUGAUUAUUCCGAAUACAGUUAUCUCUGUAUUCUAAAAGCGAGGUCCUACAGCCCAUCUUAGCACCCUUGAAUGAGUUUGCAGAGGAGGAAAGAGCUGAUCUGGGAGUGGAGAGGAUCCCAAGGGACAGGUGGGGAUUCCACCUGAUGGAAAGGACUUAGCGGUCACUAAUCCAAGCCCCUCAAUUUCCAGAGGGAACUGGAGAAGGGAAAUCAUCUGUCCAAGAUCACACAGUCGGUAGGAUCGGAGCAGGACAAAUUGGACUCAGGCUUUUUGGUUCUCCCUCUCACCUGCCCCCGCUCGGGAAGUUUGGGAGGGCAGCUUGGAGAGAGGGGGAUGCGCGCUUGGGCCCUGGGCGCAAGGUGCAGGUGUGGCCAAUCGGGCGGGAGUCGGGGACCCCGCGGCCCUCCUCCCGGGCCCCAGGCUCGUCUUCUCGGGCCGAGCCCGGGCAGCUGCAGUUUCUCCCAGGGGCCUUAAGAGGGGAAUACUGAGCUCCUGCGUCGUCUCUCUGUCGCUUCCUGUCAUGUCAGGCAGGAGGAAGUGGGAGGUGGGGCCGGAGCGCUAGCAGCCGCCCCUCAGCUGCAGGAGCCAGGCCGGCCGGCGGUGGACAGCGACCGGGCCCCGGAGCUGCAUCCGCACAGAUCCCGCCCACCGGUGCCUCUGAAGAUGGUGAGGAUCCUAGCCAAUGGAGACAUUGUACAAGAUGAUGACCCCCGAGCCAGGGCCAGCACCACCUUUCGGAACGUUACAUCUCGGCAGAACUUUUUCACCAGAGGAGACGGCCAGCCUCAUGGGGGCCCGGCACCAAAUAUCCAUCACCUGGGGCCCAGGCCGGGUGCCCAUCGCUCCCCAUUCUCUGACAUCAACCAGCAGCUGGUGAACCUGGGCUUCCCGCUGUGGCACCUGGGGGACCAGGUGGUGGAGCCUGUGAUGUCCAUCCUCCUGCUCUUCCUGGUCAUGAUGCUGGGAGUUCGGGGGCUGCUGCUGGUGGGCCUUGUCUACAUGGUGUCCCAGCUGAGCCUUCGAUGACCCUGGGGAGGGGCGGGGAGGGGAGCUCCUGGGAGAGGUGUGAGAGUGAGAGUGUGAGUGUGUGAGUGUGUGUGUGUGUGUGUGUGCUCCGGUGUCUGGAUAAGUGAGUGAGGGGUGACUGGUGAGGGUUGGGCCCUUCCAUGAGGAAAAGGCCCCAAGGAAACGGGUGCCCACUGCGUCCCCUCGUGCCCCUUGUCUGUCAGGAGAAGGCCUUGUCCUAAGUGGGGCUGCUGACCCAGGAGGCUUUCAGCUCUCAGACCCCAUCUCCUGUUUCACCCUUGUAGCUGGAAGACCGCAUUAGAGAAGAUCCCCAAAUACUCCUAGUUCCUCCAUUAGCCUUGACUCGAGCUCCCGGGGAUGGAGGCUGGGUCCUCCAGCCCCUUCUUGCCAAACCUCUCUGUCCCCAGGGAUUUUCCCUUUUUCCUUCCAUCUCCAGCAAUUCCCAGGAGGAGAUCCAGCCCCCAGAGAGUCAGGCCACUGACCAGUGCUAAGCUUGGCUGCGGGACAGGUUCCUCCCAAGCAGACCAAAGUCUGGAGGUGAUUUGACUUGGCAGGUCCCAGGCAGAAGAAGGGCCAUUGGGAAGGGGCUAGAGGGACUGGCUGACCCCUAACGCUGAGCCACAGGACUUUAUAACUCUCCUUGAGUCUGAAAGGGAGACGGCUUUAUUUAUUUAUUUUUUAAUUGUAUGGAUCUUAUCCUGAAAGCUCUGGCUAGGCUGUGUACAGACAGAAUGGGGCCUGGAUGGGAGUGGGGGCCAUUUCUUCGUGUAUUGAGGAGAGGGAAGGUGGCAGGUGUGCGAGAAGGACUCCGUCACUGCCUUGGGACCAAAUCCCACCCUCUUUAAAGGCCUUUUUUCUAAGAUUUUUUUUUGAGGGGGAGAGGACAGGGGCAGGUCUAAAAGAGCUUCAGUUGGGCAGGCUGGUCCUGGAGACCAGGCAGCUCUGGUAGUGUGUGUGUGAGUGGACACAAACCCAACCCUUUCUGAGAGGCAAGUUUCAUGGCUGGAGCUUCGCUGGAGCCUCGUACUGCAGAACGUGGCUCUGAGAUGGGAAGUCUGGCCCUGCUGGGGGAGGGGAGGACCACGGGGGACCCCAGCUACUGGGGGGAUCACUGACGUUCCUGGGAUGCUGGCGGGCUCUCUGUCGGAACAUGACUCCUUUCUCAA